CGUUGCUCACAUUCCAAAUCGGGUGUCUCUAAAUCUAUCUCUUAUUGACCCUUAUUUAUGUGCUAAAUCAAGACGAUGCGUCCACCGCUUCACAUCCGACUCCAAUUGACAAGCCUGAAUGGCUCCUCACCCGUCGCUUGCACGAGCGGAAAGCUCUCUUCUGUUUGGCAGACAUACGCUGCUGUUUGGAGGACAAUAAAGUCGAAGACGACUGACCAUGUGAAUUGCUAUUGUUCUUUGCCAUCAAUCCGACUCGGAGGACAAUGGCACUUGGGCACCAAUGGUGCAAAGCCUUUGGUGCCUGGUAUAAAGGGCAGAAGCUGAGCCCGGUGCUCGACGACAUUUUACGCUCAGAUCCACGCCUUGCACGUUUAACCAGAUCGCAUCCCUCUCAUUAUCUUUAUCUCCACUUUACAAUCGACAUGUUCUCCGCCAUAUUCUUUUUCGUGCUCUCCGCCUCUGCUGCGCCUAUUCCUGUUUCCAUUCCCGGAGUGAACACGACCGCCUCGACCCAAGUUCUGGAGAAUGCCCUGACGGCCCAGUUCAUGAACGUUCAGUUUGCGAGUAUGGCACUCACGGAUUCUUGCUCUGGCAACACCACAGCUUGCAUUGACGGCUCCUUUGCGACGUGCGCCAACGGCACGUGGAGCGCGCUGCCGUGCGCGCCGGAUCUCAUCUGCGCCGCUCAGCCGGAGAUGACCACCCUGGGUGUUGGGAUGACAUGCGACACGCGUGAUAACAUCGAGGCGCGGUUUGCGUUUGCCGGGGUCGACAGCGGCUUGGAUGUCACCUGCGACGAGGAGGAUACGUCUGCUUCGCUAUCGGCAACAGCCACUGGUGCGACCUCUGCGGCGUCGUCAAUUGCUGUCUCUGCGUCUGUCUCUAUCUCUGCCUCCGCCGUUAGCUCAAGCGUCACCGCCCGUGCUCUGAACCGCCGACAAGCUGUGGUUGUGAACGGUGUCUCGAACGUUCCUGCUCCAACUUCCUCAGCUUCGGCUGUCUCCGCCUCUGCUACGCCCGGCAGCUCACUGCCGUUGACCGCGACCACAACCUUCGGUGUUGGUUCUUCGACUUCGGUCGUCGCGGCUAGCCAGACCGCCGCAUCCAUCUCCUCCGCCGCCGCGCUCUCUUCGUCCGCUACCGCACUUUCAUCUUCCGUUGCUGCCAUCUCCUCUUCUGCCGCUGCCGCUUCCUCCGCGAUUCCAGGCGUGACCUCCAGCGCUGCUGUGAUCCCGACUUCGGCUGCCGUUGGCUCAGGCGCCAGCACGACGACCUCGACUGUUCUCGGUGCCGAUGGUUUGCCGACGGCCCUUGUCGUUGUGUUCUCGACCGCUUCGGCGCUGAAUGGCGCUGCCGCCGCCGCUUCAUCUAUCGUGUCCACCGCACUUCCAAGUGCAAGUUCCGCUACCGUCUCGGGUGCUGCCCCGGCCGACCCGACAACGAUUGAUUUCGUGCCUGGUGUUGCCGCUGUUGCUACGAGCACAAUCACCGUUGCACCCAGUGCCAGCUCGAGUGUGGUUGCUGUGUCGGGGUCUGCCUCCGCUGUCGCGCUUCCGAGUGCGAUCAGUAGCGCCGCAGUUGCAUCCUCAGCUGCAUCCUCAGCUGUUCCUUCAGCUGCAUCUUCAGCUGUAUCCUCAUCUGCAUCCUCAGUCGCACCCUCAGUUGCAUUGUCUGCCACUCCCAUCGCAUCUGCCUCAGCAGUAUCCGCACCGUCUUCUAGCCUUAUCAUCAUCUCGCUCACGUCUGCACCCGCGCCUUCGUCGAGCAUUCUCCCAAUCACCGCGACCGUCAGCUCGACCGUCAGCUCAGCCUCUGUCGCACCGACCACGUCAUCCCCUUUCAACUUCCAGUCUUAAGCUGGCCUCGCAUACGAAUCCAUAACGGACUUGUUUUAUUUGUAGAACACUCGCUCGCUGUAUCAUUUAGCACUUGUUUAUCAGUAUCUUACCGUAUAUACAUAUCCUGGACUCGAGACACCGGAAUGUCGUUGUCCCGCGUUGUGCAUUAGAGGUUAUUUUCUCGGAAAUACUUGCUUGUUAUUCGCUGCGGUCGAAUAUCGUUGUCGAAAAUGAGACCUGCUAUGCAUGUCACGGCACCCACCGUCCCGGUGGUGCAGCUCCUGAUGUUCGUUUGGACGCAAGUCAUAUACGGUUGGAUUUGAAACACCCGGCUGAGUGCCGCUUCUAGCGGUAUCACAGUUAGUUGUAGAACAUGUAGAUUUGUGGCAGUCCGGACUAGGGCCAAGAAAAAAGCCAAGCUGUCCCGCCUCAAUGGUAGAUUAUGGAUUUCCUCAUAGUCACCAGAAGCUUCAUACUGAAUUAUGACCUCUGCAAGGCAACCUGCAUCCCGGGGUGGAAAAGGGGUCAGCUUUGCUCGCGUGUUCCCACUUGGUGUGCUUGACGUGAGGCCUGGCAGCAGGGGACCCUGAGUGCGAGCUACAGUGAACAUAUGAGUGAGCGAUUUUGGAAGCUAGUCUGGAAUUUUCCGGUGUCUCGAGCAGAGCAUAAGCGCUGCGCGUGGAUUGGUUGAAGAUCGUGUGGGACACGACGAGUAGAAUUGGAGACCAUGGCCCAUAACAGGCGCGUAUAUUGUGCAACUUCGUGCUGCAGCGCGUAUCUAGAGGAGAUGGUAGCGAUGAUGUCGAUGUCUCGCCGACGCAGUACGCCGCCGAUUCCGUCGACUCGAUAUAUUGACACUAUUCGAGAGAGCGAGACAGCGUCGGAGAGUAUCAUGGGGAUGAGGGCGGAUAACGAUGACCUACGCCUUGCAGACCUGCGCCUUGUAGACCCUCGAGUUGAAGGUGCAUUUGCCAGUGAUGGUGUGAGCGCGCUGGCUUCUGGCCCAAGUGUGCAGUAUGGACCUCAGCAACAUGAAGUAGAUCUGAUUCAUAUUCUCGUGAAUCGCGUCGACAUCUUCGGCAAAUGAAAGGAGAGGCAGCACUUGCACAGAUCGCUUUGUCUGUGAUGCAUUGAUUCGUGAUGACAAGAGGGUGAAUUCCUGUUUCUUCGAUCGGGUAUUUUCUGAGAUUCGCAGAUUAGGCGGAGAACACGGACUCACAAGAACUCAUUCUUAUGUGGUCGCGUGGCCCAAGCUACGAGCACGCGUUAGAACGCGCGAGAAAGGGCGCUCUCGAAAAGGAAAUGAUCCUGGCCGAUCAAUCCUCCUGCGUUUUGCUGCUUGCUCUUGACCAUGACUUCCGAAUCCCUCAACCUCAACAGCCUCGUGUCAUCCCUCCCUUCACACUCACUCAACGCCAAUUCAGAGAAACAGCUACUUGAUAAUUUCAAAGCGGCUGCGCUCAGUAUCACGACACUCUACCGCUCCUCCCGGCAUGCAUCGAAACGUGCUUAUAGCGCUGGAUAUGCGGCAGCAUGCCGAGACCUGAUGGAGAUGCUGCAGCUGGGCGUGUCUGACUCUCACGCGCUUGGUGGCACUCAUCCAGAAGAGUCGGUGAUGACCAUCGGGAGAGUCAUGGACUGGGUCGAAGCUAGGCUGGAGGCUGUUAAGGCGAGGGAGGAAGAAGAGGACGAGGAGGACGAACGAGAGAGGGGUACGACGCAGUCCGCCCCCAAUGCACAGGUGCUGGCAUCUGGUCACCAUGCACCCGCCCCGCGAAAAGCAUCAUCGCCGUCUCCUCCCCCUGCCUGCGGGGCGCCCUCAUCUUCCUCAUCCUCUUCCUCCCGAUCAACGAAUCCCAUGAAGUCAAUCCGCACCCCGCCGCAAGUGAAGCCCAACCCAUCCGCGUUCCAAUUCACCAUUCCUCCGCCGGAUGCUACUAUUCCGAUCUCUUUCAACAGCUCUUUCGCCGAGAACCUCCCGUUGCCAGUUACAGGUUCAAAGCGACGACACGCCGUGAUGAUGAUGCCGGCCCCGGCUUCGUCCGUCCAGUCCACGCCGUCCUCAUCAAGCUCGCCCCUCGUCCAACCUGCUCAUCGACGACGCACGCGGAGCACACGCGCGCAUCCCUCCCACCACACUGUGUCCGCAGACACCAUGAUGGACGUCGAGGAUGAUGGCCGGGAACGCAAACGCGUCGCGAGGCGAUAAUCGCUUGCAUAGCAAGUACGCAACUACUUGACUUUCAUUUCGUUUCCUUGUUGGCGGCGGCGCCAAUGUUCGUUGGGUAGUAGUAAUAUAGCAAUGAUCUUGUACACGUUCACACCAGGCAUCCAUGCACAUGGCAGUUUACUCAUUCACCACUUUGUCAAGACGGACAAUCUGGCCAUGAACUCGUCUGGACAUGUUUGUCAGAGCCAAACCAUCAUUCCUCCAUCCGAACUCGGGUGCUCGAUACUGUGGCAACCAGAGGUCAGAGAACUAUUAGAUCCGCCGUCACCUGGCUGUCCAGCGGGAUGGUCGUCUCUCCUGCUUGAUGCUUUUCGAUUUCCUUAUGUCCUGCUUGAUGGGAGCCAAUCCACAAUAUGGAUAGCAGCCGAUGCUCUUAGAUUUUACCCAUUGAGAAGGAAUGUUCUCCUGAAGGAGCAUGUUGAGUUAAGUAAUCAGGACUGCGGUGUCCGUGAUGAGACCAAUCUGAGUCGGUCUCAUGUUUCUGUAAUGAUUAUCUUCCGGGGUCUUCUGUUCUUGGUUCCGAAACACAUAGUAGGACUCAAAGAACUAGCAGACAUGCGAACAUUCUGAACACCCGGUGCCCUUGCAUCGUUCUGUGAUUGGUUCCAGCAGCUAUUGCCAUCACUCAUCAGGCCUUCUUUCGAGGUAUUGAUCCAUUUAUGACGUCCUCCGUCCUGACCUCUGCUUCCCGUUUACAAAUUAGGCCUCGUUCGUUUUGCUAGCACUGAACAUCCGUCGAAGCGUCAAGACUGGCACCAUACCCGGAGUCAGCGCGCAGGACUCGUAAGGCUCACGCCGCAUUUACUCACGCUCGCACUCCUGCUUCAAGGACCCAUUUACACUGCCAGUGAAGCCCAGGCGUACAGAAAGCAGCAACAUGUACCUCCCAUUCGUGUCGUCGUUCCUUCUCUCCCCGCUCUCAGCAUGCCACUCCCUCUCCGCCUCGUUCGUCCGCCUGCUCGUCGCGCAAUCCAGCUCCGUCUUCUCCCCGUCCGCAGCUUCUCCGUCCGACGAUCCAUCCACGUACCUUCUCGGCCUUGGCAUAGCGGACAUCACCGGGCCCGUCGUCGAGACAAACAUGAUGGGCUAUGCGUCGCUCGGGCAGACGGAUACGGGGCUCCACAUGCGGCAGCGGUGCCGCGCGUUCAUCGUCUCUGAAGCAUCCGCCCCGGAAAAUCGCGUCCUGCUGCUGAACGCGGACAUCGGGAUGGGCGAUGAGGGUGUCAGGAGGGGACUGCUCGUGAAGCUCGCUAAGGAGUUUGGAAACGGGACAUAUACGGGUAAGAACGUCGCGUUGUCCGGGACGCAUCAGCAUAGUGGGGUUGGAGGAUACCUCGAGAACCUUCUUCCCCAGGUAACCUCACUCGGCCUUGUGCCACAAACCUUUGAGGCGAUCGUGACGGGAUGCGCGCUCGCCGCUCGUCGCGCCCAUUCCUCCCUCGCUUCCGGCACAGUUUCUGCAGGAAACGGUCGCGUCGAAGGCGGGUCGAGAAACCGGUCUCCGACCGCGUAUCUGCUGAACCCGGAAGAAGAGCGCGCGUUGUAUACUGAGAAUGGCGGAGACAAUGGAGAUCAGGAAUGGAAUGUCGAUGUGCUGAGGUUUGACGACGAGAACCAGACCGCGGAUGGACGGGGGUUCAUGAGCUUUUUUGGGGUCCAUGGUACGAGCAUCUACGAGGAUGGGCAGAACAACACGCUUGUGAGCGGCGACAACAAGGGAAUGGCGGCCUACCUCUAUGAAUCCUCUGUCGAACCCAAAGCAAUGCCAGGAAACAACACCUAUGUCGCAGGCUUCGUCCAAUCUGCCGUGGGCGACACGUCCCCGAACACACUCGGUGCAUUCUGCGAAUCACCCGGGAAGCCCUACGACGGACAGCCAUGCGUCGCCAACUCGUCUACCUGCGGGGGGCGCACCGAAGACUGCCAUGGCCGGGGGCCAGCGUUCGCGGGACGCGCCGCCGAUCCAUAUGGCCUCGGCGAUCUGCACGGCUUCGGAAGCAAUGCCAUCAUUGGCGGGAUCCAGGCGAAGGCGGUAAAGCAGAUAUUCGGAAGCCAGAUGGCUCAGGUGCAGGGCGGCGUGCGGAGUGUCCAUGCGUAUCUGGAUAUGAGCAAGCACAGGUUCACGCUCCAGAACGGCUCGACGGUGACGACGUGCCCGGCGGCGAUGGGCUUUUCGUUCGCAGGCGGGACUACGGACGGACCGGGAGCCUUCGAUUUCGUGCAGGGUGAUAACAAAACCUCCCAGAAUCCCUUCUGGGAGAUUGUCAAGGUGUUCAUCACCCCAGAUCCAUCGAAGGAGCAGGUUGAAUGCCAGUAUCCCAAACCCAUUCUCUUGAAUACAGGAUUCGCUCAUGAGCCCUACGAAUGGUCUCCGAGUAUAGUCAAUAUACAGAUGUUCAGGAUCGGAGAUGUUGUGAUUGUGGUGAUGCCCGGGGAACUAACGACCAUGGCUGGCCGGAGAAUGCGUGCAGCAGUCCACUCCGCUCUGGCAUCGCAUGGUAUUCCGGUGUCUCGUGUGGUCAUAUCUGGCACAUCCAACACAUACGCCCAUUAUGUCACCACUCGAGAGGAGUAUUCGGCCCAGCGUUACGAAGGUGCCUCCACUCUCUACGGACCUUUCACACUCGAAGCAUACAUCGACAAAUUCACCAGUCUCGUGCCGUUCCUCGCUGAUGAGCCUCCGACCGCAUCUCCGGUCUCGGAUCCGCCGCCAGCGGAGCAGACAAGCAAGGCUAUUUCGUUGCAGAAUAGCGUCAAGUUCGACGCCCCGCCCUUCGGCAAGCACUUUGGACAGGUUGUGCAAGAUGUGAACGAAACGGCGUCGUAUCUGCCCGGACAGACCGUGUUUGCGCGAUUCGUCGGUGCGAAUCCAAGGAACAAUCUCCGUCUGGAAGAGACCUUCCUGAGCAUCGACAAGCUCUCCAAGGACGCUGCUGAGUGGGAUGCGGUGCGGACUGAUUCGCACCCCACGACCAUCUUCCGCUGGACGCGCGAGAGCACGAUACUCGCGACGAGCACGGUCAACAUCUCGUGGACGAUCGAGGACAACACAGAUUCCGGCGUGUAUCGCAUCCGCUACUUUGGGGACUCGAAGUCGAUUGGCGGGACCAUCUCGCCGUUUGUUGGGUAUUCGGGCAACUUUACGAUUGGAUGAUGCGCGUGAGGGGCCGGCUCAGGACGAUUGUUACCGCUCUGUAUUACGACAAUGCGACCCUCGCUACUUUCAAUGUGAUACCGGACUCUUCCCAUAUGCAAAUAUAUCAACACUCCUGUGUUGAUUGCGACUACGUGU